AUGGCUGAAGCAGAGUCAACUGGAACUGAAUCUCAUGAAGAUGAGGUCCUGUGGGAUGGAGAUGAUGAUGGACAACUGUGGUGUGCCACAACUUCCAGCUAUGAACGGGACAGGAAAUGGAAGGCAUGUGCCAUGCAAGAGUAUGAAGGGAACUCAAAAGGCAGCCUAUGCGCCUUCCCUUUUAUUUACAAGGGCCAGAAGUUCUAUACCUGCACCAAUGACAAUACUGAGAGCGGAAGAUUCUGGUGUGGCACCACUAGUAAUUAUGACAAGCACAAGUUGUGGAGCUACUGUGCUGACACAAGACUAGAUUCUCAUCCCACAGGACCAUGUGUCUUUCCUUUUUACUACAAUGGAAAGUCGUAUCAAUCUUGCACAAGAGAUGGGGCAGCCAGUGGGAAAUACUGGUGCUCCCUCAUCAGGAAUCACAAUGACGAUCUCAACAUGUUUACCUACUGUAAACCUACAGAAUUGGUUUCAGACUUCGGAGCAAUGGGCUUUUUUACCCAGCUGUUACUUUGUGCCUCUCUAGUACCCUUCAGUGCUGCAUUUCUAGAUUUUUCAUCUUGUGUCUUUCCAUUUAUUUAUAAGAACAAAACAUAUACUACAUGCACCAAGGAGGACUCCAAGUUGAACUGGCUAUGGUGUGCUACAACAAGCAGCUAUGACAAUGACCACAAGUGGAAGCGUUGCUAUGAGAAAGAACACGGUGGGAACUCCCAUGGAAAACCUUGUGUGUUUCCAUUUGUGUAUCGGAAGCGGAAGUUCUAUACCUGCACAGACGAGAAUGCCAGACCUAGGAUGUUCUGGUGUGCCACCACAAGCAACUAUGACAAAGACAAAAUAUGGAGCUACUGUGCUGAUACCAAUCCCUACUUCCUCAUACCUACAAUCAGCCCAGAAGAAGCUGACCAAAUGAAGCUAAGAAACAUCCAGGAAAAUGGCUACAGUGAAUAUGAACAAGAAAGAGACCAAGACAUUACAGUUCAGUCUGUGGGCUCAAUCUUAUGAAGCCUAUUAUCAGGUUAUCCGUGUGGAACAUUUGCUAUGAGCUGAGUCUGCUGGUCCGCAGAAAGUGAGCCACCACAAACAUAGUUCUUUUGGGCUGCAGUCCUAAAAUCAUCUACUUAAAAUAAGCCUUUUUUUCUGGACUUUCUUUCAAGUAAGGAGUGAAGCAAUAGGGCACACUAGGUAGCAGGGAACUUGGCUCAGUAGUAGGGUUUAGUGUCCUUCUUCUGUUCCCUAAAGAAUAUUGAGGGUCCAGGGAUCCUAAAGCUACUGCAGAAAUGAUAACUUGUGUCUCUGUUUUCCACAGCCAUGGAAGGUUUUGUUUCAUUUGUAUCUAGCAGCAUGCAUGGGUUCCCUUCCCUAGUUUGCCAUCACAACAGUAAGGUUGGACUGAAUGAGGAUAUUUGGAGUUAUCCAAUGAGCUUUAUGAAUGUAAGGGAGUUCGACCCCUGGAUUUUCCUAGCCUAUGUCCUACAGUCUGGCCACCGGAUCAUACUAGUUCUUUUGCACCACUCAUGAGAAGAAUCUGUUUUGAAGGAUCCAGCCAUUAGUAUUUUGAGACUGGUUGCAGUUCAAUAAUGUAAUCGAUGUAGGAAAAGUUCCUGUUCUCUGUACUCAUUAAAGGAUUUUUUCCCUGCCUAGUUAAACCUA